GAAGUAUGCAAUUUUAAUGUGCUGGGGUUUAAUACAGGUUCAGAUCUGAGAUUUCCUUGCCAAUCAUGAAAGAAUUAGUUCCUCAUUAUCUUCAAGAUAGUGCCAAGGAGAGGCUGGAUUACUUGGAAGAUGGCAAGAAUAUAUUCAAGCUUCGUUUACGACUAUGUUCAUCAUUGUACCCAGUUAGUGAACGCAUUAGGGAUUUUUUCCUUGAGUAUGAUAGGCACACUCUUCGGACAAGUCCCCCUUGGGGAUCUGAGCUUCUUGAGGCAAUUAAUAGCCUGAAGAAUGUUGAUUCCACUGCUUUGCUUCAAUUUCUUUAUCCGAUCUUAAACAUGCUUCUCCAUCUUAUUGGCAACGGGGGAGAAACUCUUCAGGUUGCUGCAUUUAGAGCAAUGGUUAACAUUUUAACAAGGGUGCAGCAGGAGUCUGUUGAUGAAGCUGAGAGAAAUGCUUUCCUAGUAAACUUUGUUGAUUAUGCUUUUGAUGAUUUUGGGGGUCGUCAGCCACCAGUCUAUCCUGGUUUGUCCACAGUGUGGGGAAGUUUGGCUCGCAGUAAGGCAAAAGGGUACCGCGUUGGGCCAGUCUAUGAUGAUGUCCUGGCAAUGGCUUGGUUUUUUCUUGAGCUGAUUGUCAAGUCAAUGGCACUGGAGCAGGCUCGAUCCUUCUAUCACAAUCUUCCAUCGGGUGAAGAUGUCCCGCCAAUGCAGUUGAAAGAAGGUGUUUUUAGAUGUGUUGUUCAAUUGUAUGACUGCCUUCUAACAGAAGUUCAUGAACGCUGCAAGAAAGGUCUAAGCUUGGCCAAGCAUUUAAACAGUAGUUUGGCUUUCUUUUGUUAUGAUCUGUUAUCCAUCAUCGAGCCUCGACAGGUUUUUGAACUGGUAUCCUUGUACCUCGAUAAAUUCUCUGGAGUGUGUCAGACGGUGCUGCAUGACUGCAAGCUUACUUUUCUACAAAUUAUAUGCGAUCACGAUCUUUUUGUUGAAAUGCCCGGACGAGAUCCUUCUGAUAGGAAUUAUCUUUCAUCUAUCUUAAUUCAAGAGAUUUUCCUUACAUGGGAUCAUGAUGACUUAUCAAUGAGGGCAAAAGCUGCAAGAAUCCUGGUGGUCCUCAUGUGUAAGCACGAGUUUGAUAUUCGUUACCAAAAGCAAGAGGAUAAAUUAUAUAUUGCUCAAUUAUAUUUUCCCCUUGUUGGCCAGGUGCGUGAUUCUAAUUAA